AAGGGGCAUGUGCUCAGCUGGACGAGGAUGGUGAUUUGGACGUCGUGAGAAGACCACGGGCUGCCUCUGAUACUGACCCUGCAGAGCCUCAGAGAGACAAGGUACAUCCCACGAUUCUAACACAGGAAGAAGAGGACUUCCUAGAAGCCAGAGCACCAGAGAGCUGCCCCCAGAGUAUCAUCAAAAUAGGUAAAGGAAGACCUGGCUCUCCUACCCUCCAGGCGGCCCAUGUAUCCAUCAGCACUAGCAUGUACUGCAUGUCAGCUCAGUGGUCAGGCCCAGGCCAGGACAGCAUGAGCAUGAGUAUCAGCUCUGGUGAAGGUGGAGCAAGUGGUGCCACUACCAGCAGAGUACUUUCCAGAACACAUAGGUCACGCUUGCUCAAGACUCCUCUGGGGCUCCCCAUUGCCCUUGGGAUAGAGUCCGAAUGACUCACUUAUGAGGCUGUGCAAGACAUGGCCUCUGCUUCUCUCUCCAGCAUCGAGCCUCACGCUCUUCCCUGUGCCUCGGCUGGGCUUGCCCCUUUCCCAGGAUGCCUGCCACUGGCCUUUGCUUUCUUAGCACAUUUCCUCCUAUUGCUCAGGUCCCAGCUCAACUGUCACCUCCUCCAGGAAGGCUCUGCUGCUGCCUUCCGCAUCCCUGCUGUGCCCUAACUCGGUUUGCUGGGAGUGUGGGCCAGGCUGGGCUGUGUGGAAGACUUGGCCAGGCUGGGUGGGCAACAGGAAACCCUGGGCGGAUCCCGAGAUCGAGUGUGGGAGAUGGCAAUCUACAGGAGCCAGGAAGAAGGGGAGGAGAGCACACCAUGGCCACCCCCCUGGAGGAUGUUGGCAAGCAGGUGUGGCAGGGGGCCCUGUUCCUGGCAGACUAUAUCCUGUUCCGGCGGGACCUGUUCCAGGGACGCACUGUGCUAGAGCUCGGGGCAGGCACAGGGUUCGCCAGCAUCGUGGCAGCCACCAUGGCUCAGACUGUGUAUUGUACAGAUGUCGGUGCAGACCUCCUGGCCAUGUGCCAGCAAAACAUUGCCCUCAACACCCACCUGGCUGCCGCUGGAGGUGGUGUAGUGAAGGUCAGGGAGCUGGACUGGCUAAAGGACAAGCUCUGCACCGAUCCUGAGGUCCCCUUUAGUUGGUCGGAAGAGGACAUCUCUGACCUGUAUGACCACACCACCGUGCUGUUCGCAGCCGAAGUGUUCUACGAUGACGACCUGACCGACGCCCUGUUCCGCACGCUGUGCCAGCUCAGCCGCAGGCUGAAGAACGCCUGCACGGCCCUGCUCUCGGUGGAGAAGAGGUUCAACUUCACACUGAGACACCUGGACGUCACGUGUGAAGCCUACGAUCACUUCCGCUCCUCCCUGCAUGCACUAGAGAAGCUGUCGGACGGCAAGCUGCGCUUUGUGGUAGAGCCAGUUGAGGCCUCCUUCCCGCAGCUGCUCAUUUAUGAGCGCAUCCAGCACCUGGAGCUCUGGAAGAUCAUUGCAGAACCAAUAACGUGACCCGUCGACUUCAUGACAUACCGGUGGCCUCUUGACUGUUCGCAUAAUAUAUAUUUCUAAUAAAGUCAGAAGUUAGCAAAGUCUUGCACUUUCAUUGAGGCACUGUCAUUUCAAAAGCAUGGUAAGUGUUUGCCUUCUGUGGCCCAAAAUGGUUUUCUGGAGCCUGUCCCUGUCUCCCAGCAGCAGCCAGAGAGCAGUACUGCUCUGGGCUGGGAGUCCACUUAGUGGCCUAUGUGUCCCAUGCCUCUGACUCGGUGCCCAGCGUCCUUCAGGCACGGCUUGGUCAAGCUGAAUGAAUGCUCCCAACUUGAUUCCACUGCAGCCGGUUAUUUCUUCGUGAGCUUCCCCCAGGGGCCAGGGCUGUGCAGGAAGUUUUCAGGCCUCCUCCGCUGUUUACGGAUGUCUUUAAUACUCUUGCCACAAUUGCUGUCAUAACUACUUGGCACAAAAGUCUCACUUCCUUCCGAAACAGUAUGUGCUCAUCCCUGUCCCUCCAGUGAGGGCCCUGUGCCAAAGAGUAGGCUGAACUAGCAAGUGGCUUUCUGUUUUUCAAUUUUAAUCCUUCAUAACUAAAAUCAGGUGUGCUUAGGCAAAACAUGAGAGCCCCUGUCCUGGCCCAGGCAGCUGACACGGGUCCCUGCACUAAUCCACCUCACAGGUGUUUCCCCUCAGCCAGACUCACUCCCUUCCCUAGAGCCUCCCUCUCUGUCUUGAGUCACACGCACAUGCCUGUCUGCCUGUCUUCUCACAUCUGUCUUUGCCUGUGUCUCCCCUUCCCCAUCUCUCCCUGUCGCCUCCGUGUCACUGACCUACUCUUGUCUUCCUUCCAGUCUCAACCCCUUCUUCCUGCCACCGCUGGCCCUGCCCACCUCGCUCCUGCUGCCUGCUGUCACCAGGGCCCGCCCAGGCCCCCGUCCACCGGCACUCAGAGCCCUGGUCACCCGCACUGUCCCAUCCCCAUGUCCCUGCCCACACUCACCUCUCCCCAGACACCCAGGUCCGUUUCCCUAGUCAUUAUGUUAUCCUCGUGUGUGGGACCAAGCAUUUGCAAGACUUAAGCUCAUUGUAUCUUUCCAAUAAAUCUAGGAGGUUAGCAGUGCAGCUGUACUCAUUUUACAGUUGAGAAAAUUAAGGCUCCAAAAGAAAACAAAUCUCCUUGGGGUCAGGGACCUUGUUUGUCUGAAGCAUCACCAUACAACUGGCAUAUCAUCUGGCACAAAGUAGGUACAAAUUAUUAAUCUAUCGAUUAGAACAAUUAUGGGUGGUUUUGUCUCCAGGGGCAUCGGACAGUGUCCGGAGACAUUUCUGGUUGUUACUAGUAGGGGAGACAGAAGUGCUCCUGGCGUCCAGUGGGUGCGGACAGGAUGCUGCUAAACCCCACAGAAGAGAAUGAUCCAACCCAAAGUGUCAGUGUCAAGAAUGCCAAGGGAGGCCCGGGGAUUUGGCUCAGUGGUUUCGCCGCCUGCUGCGCAAGUGCAAGGACCCGAGUUCAAUCCCCGGUACCAAAAAAAAAAAAGAAUGCCAACAGAGAGAAACCUUGGCUAGGGACAGAGCCAGCUAUUGGAGGAAAGAAAAAUGGUUCUCAGCUGAAGCUGUGAUGCUGGAAUACAGAGUGUGUCUCACCUGCCCACCCCCGGAGGGGGAGGAGUGGAAGGAAACCCACAUUCAUUCACCAUCACUAAGUCCUGUAACAAUCCCAAAGGCAGGGUGAGCCCCACUUUACACAUGAGGAAUAGGAAGGUCAGAGAGGCAGCAUGACUGCCCAAUACCACACAGCUGCCAGAGCAGAGUCAGGCUUGGAGUCCAGACCUGACUGACUUCCCACGUCUCCCCAUUGUGCUGCUGACCAGCAGCAGCACCCACAGUCUCCCGGGGUCAACACCGGGCCGCACCCAGGGCCCUCCUGAGUCAGAACUCUGACUCUGACCAGACCCUAGCUGUCCUUCCAGAAGCACUGGGAUUGACAGCACAGCCCUGGCCCUAUUCCUGUUUUCUAAAAUUCCUACAAAAACCCCUCUCUGGCAGACAUGCUGUCAUGAAGCAGGGCUGUAGGUCACAUGGCGAUGCAUUAAUAAUGAGUCUAAAACACAAUCCUGCUAGACAGGACCCCCAGCUGGUCAUGUCUCAGCACAAACAGUGACAUUUUCCCAGCACUCCUGGGGACAAGCCCAUAAAUGUAAUUGGCACCAGGCAAUACAGUUGUCACCACUCUCACCUGGCGCAUUAGGGCAAGCUGCUUUUAUGUCUAACCACUCGGCCUGAAAGCUUCCUCUGAGUGGAGCCCGGAAUUAAUCUUGAUCCUCCAUAACUCAAAGUAUCAUCAGAUGUUCACUUCAGAGCUGAAGUGUGCCCUUAUCACCAUGUUUCACGGCCUCACUUGAGCGUUUGCAAGUGCUUGUUUGUCGGUGAUAUUUCAGAAGCAUCAAACCAUCAAGAUGCUCCUCUGGAUAAUUAACCCAGCCAUUGGACUCAAUUUUCUUUUUGACACAUUCUGGCAUUUUCAGGGAAAUAUACGGCCCAAGGAGGAGACGUGGCUGUUCAGCUGUAACCUGCAUAGAAAAGAUUUGUUUAAACCAACAAAUACUGAUGCUGUCACCCCCAGGACUUCUCACACUUCUGCACCGUGUCAAUGAAGAUUGUUCUGGAUGAUCCCUGUGAGGUUCUCUGAGUUGCAUCUGGCCCUGGGGAUGUUUCCAGCAGCUUGCAGAUACUGUCCUACUGCAGAGAUGUUCAGUGUGGGAGCAUUUUCUACACGCACACCCUUGGCCUGUGUGAUCCUGAGGUUUGCUGGUCUAGCUUAAUUGCCUGCUGGAGAAAUCACUGUGAGCAGUCUCUCCCCAUCUCUAUAAAUAAAAUGGAUCCUACUUUUUACCCUG